UUGUGAACUAUUUAAGGACAUGCGAGAAGGAUAGCUUUGGGAAAAGUGAGCUGGCAGAUGCUACAGAAUUUCAAACCACUUGCCAGGAGUUCCCUCCUGUUGGGACUCUUCCACGGUGGGAAUCUGAGAAAUGAAAACCAUCUCAGUGCACUGACACGGUGUCGCCGCAGCACUGCCACAUGCAGGAACUUUCCAAUUUCCCUUUUCAACACAAAUGAGUGAUGAGAAAGUAGGCUGCUGUUUUAUUUGUAUCCCCCUCAGUCAUCUACGGAAGAAGCUUGCUGACAAGAGGUCAUCUUCUUAAUCCAUGUUCUCUUUAUCCUUUGCUUAAAAUUGGCUUAACUUUUACCUGGAGAGAGUAAAUCUGAAGUGCGUUGAGGAUUUUGUACUUCGGUUGCAGAGACAUAAGUCAUCUUUAGCAAGCCAUUAUGCAAUGGGAGAAGUUAAAGCCUCCAGAGCCAGAUGAUCCUAUGUGUUGCUGUGAGUGUGAUUUGGACCAGUACGGAUGUUGCUGUGACUGUGAAGAUCUGGAUGAAGCCUUUACCAGGUGGCUGAGAGACAGACCAUCUAAAGGGGGAUCAUGUCAGUCUCCUGUACUUGGGGCCAUUAUAGACAGAAUGGAGAUCUCCCUGAUCCCGGCCCUGCUGCUGCUGCCUCUCCUGCUGCGAGUUGCAGCGCUGCACCUCCUGCUGGGUGUCACCAUCCUGACCGCUCUGCCCGGCAUGGUGCUGUGGUACUACUACGCCACGCACAGAAAAAAGAAACGCACCCUCUUCUUCCUCACCCUAUCUCUCUACUCCCUGUUCUACAUGUAUUACCUCUUCAUCACAGAGAUUUUACCUCGUGGGAACGUCAGCCAGCUGCAGGUGUGUGCUGUGACCACGGGGGUGAUUCUCACUCUCGUCUCUCUUAUACAAACCAAGAGAGGCCCGGGCUUUGUGACCCCGUGCCUACAUGUAGCUCACAGCCACAGUCAGGAGGCUGAGAAGGACUCCACACAUCUUAAUGGAUGUAUCCAAUCAGCAGCUGCAACAGGGAUCAAAAAUGCCCUAACAACAAAACUGAGCAGCUGUCCUGUGUGCAAAAUAAUGCGACCCCCAAGAGCUGGACACUGUCGAACCUGUGGAUCCUGUGUCCAGCGUCUGGACCACCACUGUGUCUGGAUUAACAGCUGUGUUGGACAGGCAAACCAUCGCAGUUUCCUGCUGAGCCUCUCUGUGUUCGUGGUCACCUCUCUGUACGGGAUCAGCUUGGUGCUGAGCAGCCUCUGUCCUCGACAAUAUCUGAUGACGGCGCUCCUCUACUGCCCCGGCGUCUACACUCAGUCCAGCUCGGCACUUUGCUUCACCUGUGCUUGGUACAGCAGCAUUGUGACAGGUGGGCUGUUUUACAUGUGGUUGGUGCAAGUUGUGAAUAUCAGCCUGAAUGUGACGGAGCGGGAGGCUCAGCUGGCUCUGAGGAACAAAACAGGCCAGCGGCGCCUGGGGGGGCUCGUCAUCUCCACGGGACAGUUCUCACGUGGCUUCUGUCAGAACUGGGCCGAGUUCCUCACCAUGGCAUACGCCCCGGUCUCUCCUCGCUACAGCCUCACUGACUUGGUCUAGUCUCACAUUGUACUCUGUUGCAACAUCAUGACAACUGUUGACUGAUAACAGCAUGUGUGAAGCUGUGUAUCUCAUGUCAUUCUUAUCAGCCCAUGUCUUCUGAUGCUCAUUGCUUUCCAGCUUUUUCACACAAUACAUUGUGUUCAUGGGAUAGGAUUAUAACAACAAAUUAUCACCUUGAACGAUUAAUUAGUCAAUUACGACAAUACUUGAAAGGGUUUCAGAAAAGAGAAAUGAUGAAGGGCUAAUGAUGGCAUUUCAACAAAUCUCUACAUUCAGAAGUAAAGAUAGGAAUGACGUUUGAUGUGUGUAAGUUCUACUAAAGUAGGACCUUUGGUGAUUUAAGGUGACAUUUACCAACACAUGUGCAAGUUCAAAUAGUCUGAAAUCUAAGCCUGUUGCAAAUAGUUGUAGGAAAUAUAACGUACAGGCUUCAGUCUGCAGGUAGAAUGUAAAUAUAGUGCUGUCCAACUGACUUGGAAACUAUUGUUGACCAUGUUCAUUUAAAACAAUUGAGCAAAGCAUUUGUAAUAAAGAAAAAUACUAUGUGGGGUUCACGUAAAAGAAGAACAGGCAUGCUUCCAGAUCUGUUCCAGCAUUGGGUGCCCCCCUGUGGAGAUUUUCUGAGUGCAAGUCACACUUUAUAUAUCCCACAACUCACUUUUAUAAAACCUCACUUUUAAAAUGUCCAUGCAUGGACAACAAAAGAGGCCCAAAGUGGCACGGAGGAAUACGUCCCCUGUGAGUCUGCGGUGGGGGUGCAGUGUGAACUUCCUGUAGACUCUACAGUCAUCUUUACUGUUAUGACUGAUGCAAUCUGAAUAACUCAAUAUUCUCUCUGCAGCGCUCUGUGAUAUUGGUUUUUUAAUGUUGUCCAUUACUGUCUAAUAGCACCAGUAGUGCUCCGUCUACAUUGUCCAGACCUCCUUCUUUUAAGACAUGCAGGGAUUGUUUGUUGGUAAGAAGUAAAUUACAGAUAUUGUUUAUUUAUAUUAAUCCUCCUGUUAUCCUUGGGGUCCAUUUGACCCCAUUCAAUGUUUAACAUAUCUAAAAAAAUGGUUCACAUUAUUUUUUUUGCUUAGUAUUUCAUGACUUUCCCUAAUUUAGUGAGGACUAAUGGGUAAACAUAAAAUGAACGUGAAGAUCUUUUUUAAAUGUGCUGUACGCACUUUGUACGCAUCGGUGUUCCUUGGGGUCAAUUUGACCCCAGGCUGUUUUAGAAGUAUAAAACAUAUAAAACAUAUACAAAUGUCAUGUCAAUGUCAAAACAUUGUACACAUAUUUGUGUUGAUUGUGUAGGAUGAUAUUGAGGUGACUAUUAAAUGCAAAUGUAUCAUUGUAAAAAAAAAACCUACCCUCUGCUUUAGUUAUUGGUCUUUUAACAACAUCAAAAAGAUCUUACUUUAACAUUUUUAUUUCAAUAUGGUGAUUUAUAUAUUUUUCGAUAGUCACAUAAUAGGAAUUCUGGAUGUAUAAAGGGGUCUGUGGGGGGGAAGGUUGGGGUAAUGUUUUAUUUAAAUAGUUAUUUAGGUAGUCAACUAAGGUAAGCACCAGAGACAUACAUUUUGGUUAAAAUGUGGAAUAUAAUCAUUGUCUUGAGUUUUAAACUACUGGGGUCAAAUUGACCCCAGAGGAUAAAGGGUGUAAAGUCAAUCUGAGGAUAACAGGAGGGUUAAGCUGAAUGUCACAAUCCAUGACUAAUGUGUGUACGCAAAUCCAAUCAGAUUAAACAGCU